UUUGUCAGCUCUGUUGCAUUAUUAUUUAAUUUCAUUACCCUAAUACUUUCUAUGCAUACUGCUUAUCUGCAAAAUGUGAUGUUGUCCCAGAUAUUUAUAUAUGCUUAUUAUUUCAAUAUUGAUCAUUUUGAUUCUUCCCAAGUAAGAAUAAUUUUGUAAACCGCAUUUGCUUUAAUAUAUCAUUCCAAGAAUUAUAUAACUACAAUAUAACUGGCCAAAUUUAUGAUUAAUGCCUACAUGUCCUGUAUUCUACCUGCAAAAUGCAGCCUGACUUCACCCCAUCAUCUUCAAUAAUUUGAGUCUUUUUUCUUGAACUUAAUACCUUUAAUUAAAUGAAUAUGUGAACGGAAAUCCAAAGCUAUUCCUGUGAAUGACCUAUACAUUUUAUCUUAUACAAUAUCUGCAAUAUUCACAUUUUAAUAAUGCUUACUAUUUUUAUUGUCUUAUGAUGUUUCAUCAAGAUUUUUUCAUAUAGCCAAACUGUCUUGUGAUCACACUCACACGCACAAACUCAAAUUUAGAAUACACAGUCAGCAGGUUUCAAAAGCUUUGCAUAAUUGAUACAAAAAUAUCAAUUGCUACUCUCAAGCUGCGAAAAGAUAUUUCUCGAAUAUAAGCUAAAAAUAGGAGUGGGCCAUAUAUGAUUUGUACUCUUAAAUCUCUAUCUCUCAAUGAGCCAUGUUUGGCAUGUAUAUAAUACCAAUUUAGGCUUUACUGUUUGUCAUAUGAUACGGAGAGGGAAAUUGCAUAUUUGAAAAAUUGAUUACUUGGGAAGUUUCAAACUAGAAUGCAUACAAUUGAUUGCUUCAUGUCUUAGGCUUACGUUUACACUGUUCUUCAGUCUGAUUUGAAAUGAAAUAGCUUGAAAUAUUACUGCUUUGAAUUGUAAUUCUUUAUACAAAUGUACUAUGGCUGUCGCUCCGGAACAGAUUACAGUGGAUGCUGAAGCACCACCCACAUACACUGAUACUACGAACAGUGCACCUCCACCAUCUUACGAUUCUUUAUUUGGUCAAAUCAAAGAUGCAAAAGAUAAAUCCACAGGAAGUGCAGAUUUUUUGAAAAGUGUUUGCUUCAUCAUAUUCAGUACAAUUGGAUUCACCAUCUUCAUUGCAAUUAUGCUGUGCAUCCCUGUGUCAAUGAUUGCUAUUGGGGCAAUAAACUUGAACAAUUGUCCUCUUGAACGUUUUAUUCCAAUAUGGCUGAUUGUAGCUGGUUCAGUCAGUGCAUUCAUGCAACUUGGAUCUAUCUUCAAAAAAAUCAAGGCUAAAUGUGACGGAAUUGACGAUCCUGAGGAAGAAGCACAAUCUUCCUCUGUGCUGAAUGGAUUUAAUGGUCUUAUCGGGUGUUUCAAUAUUGCAUGGUUUUUUGCUGGAAAUGUAUGGGUCUACAGAGCAUAUUCGUCGAAAAAUACAGGUAAUCCUGUACUUGAAAAUUAUUGUGAUCCAGUGACAUAUUAUUUUGCAUUUUGGAUCAUCACGACUGCUUACAUCAUUUUGGCACUCGUGUGUUGUUGCUCCUGUUGCAUUGCUGCAGGUGGAAGAAAAUAGAGUUCCAAGUGAGGACAUGGAAGCGGUUCCCUGUUUUGAUUGAAAUUAUAUUUACUUUGUGGUUCAUUUUCAGUUUAGUAGAUAGUAGCAUACUUUCAUAAUUAUGGCCCAAUUUUACGAUAAUUUGUGCCAAGAUCUUUUAUACUAAGAUAUCCCACCUAUUUGCUGAUAGUUUCAAUUAGUUACCUUUGUCUUUAUCUCUCCUAUUGGCUGAAAAUUUGAAAAUUCAAUUUGCUGCGUGGGUGGGGACAGGUCAUACCGCCCUUUUGUCUAUUUGUGCAUACCUUGGUUGUGAUGAAGCAUUACAGACUGCUAAUGUAGCAUUCUUAGUGGUCAUGCUUAACAGAUCAUGUGUGUGCUUUGAAAAGAUUAAUAUUUGUUUAAGGCGUGCAUUGUCUGUAUUUCACUAUAGAUACUGUUUGUUUGAUUUAAAUAGUUGAUUUAUAGUCAAUUUUGACCUAAAUUGUAAAACGCUAUAUGGAAUUUCAUCAUUUUGCCAUUUCCUACUUUAUUAAAAUGGAAUAUUUCCAGUGCCAUUACUUUAAAAUGUUACCUUUAUUGUACUAUUUGGUUAGCUCGAUAGUCGAUAGGCAUCUUGAAUAUUCUUCAGCAGUGUGUUAUGCCCUAUUGCCCAUAUUCGUCUGAGAUCAAUUCUUGAUCAAACUGUUAUCAUGAGAACAUUUUCAGUAUAUAUCAUUAUUUUUUUUGUUUCACCAUUCUUAUAAACAAGAGAUUUUCAGAUUAUGGACAAACUUAUUAUUCAAGAAAUUUUUUUUGGUACUUCUUCACCACUUGUUAUUGCAUGUAUGUUAAUUCUAAUGUAUUGUUAUGUGUUGUAGAAUGCAGUAGGUUUUUUCUUUUUAGUCGUAUUAGAGUUUUUGUUUAUUUUUCUCUGUUUCAUGAUACAUUCAAAAGACCUAUGUUUCGAUUAAUGUAUUCUGAUUUUUCGAUUUUUGCGGACAGAUCAAAAAAUUAACAGUUAUGUUAUACAAAUUUUUCACUUUAAUCCAAAUUUUGUCAUACUGUCCGUUGCACCUAUGUUGCCUUUCAAUGUGGUUCUAUUAUAGUAUUUUUAUACACACUUGAUUGAUGCGUACAAUCUAAUAUGGAAGAUAUCAUAAAUACCAUUUUCGUUAAUAAAAAUGCAGUUAUAUAACAUUACUUUAUUUAAUCAGGGCGUAGCGAAAAUAGUGUUUCUUCAACUUGUUUAUCUGUUCCAUUUUUUUUUGCACAUUGCUCAGUAUCUUAUUGUCGUAUAGUUAUUUUUGAUGACCCUAAUAUGAGAUAUAUUUGAAAGGAUUGCUGUAGAGAUUUAAAAUAAUAUAUGUUUUAGCUACUUGAGAACUUUAUCAGUAAAAAUGAAUGUAUAGAAAGUUAAAUCGAAACCCCUAAGAACAGUGUUUCUCUACCAUACACAGUCAUAAUCGCUUUAGUGAAUAUCAUCCAUCACCGAGCAACGAAUAUGAUGUUGUCUUGGGGAAAAUUUCAUAAUUUGGUGUAUAAGUAUAUCUAUCGCAAACUUUUCUUCAAUUUCUACUUACCUAUUAUAUCUAUCAUGCAUUCAAAAAACCUUGUGAUCCUCUAUUUAGUACUCAGGUAACGAUUUGUAUUUCCCUAAUAUUCAUGCAAAACGUCUACCCCUGCCUUUACUCCUUGAUAUCGCAAUGUCUACAAUUUACAGAUAUCUAAAUUAUUCUGCACAAAAUCAUUAUUCCCAAUUUGGCUCAUCUUAGUUCUUUUUGAGGUGGUAUUUUAUCUGAUAUUUUUUUCAAUGUAUUACCGGUAUAUUAUACGAAGUUGGAUUAAUCUCUAUUAGAUGUUAUAAGUGUAAAUGUAUCGUUUAAUAUAUUAUGAAAUAUUUCAUUGUUUUGACUAAAUUGAUUAUGUGAUCAUGAGAGUAUUUUUUUAGUUUUCAUCAACAUACAUAAUAUAUCAUUUCACAGAUGAGAUUUUAGUGCUACUUCGGUAUGUGAUCUCAACGGUUGUGGGAUCUCAGUGAUUUUAGUUAGGAACUGAAUUCUAUGAGAAUGUCUAUAUGUGAUUAAAUGCUUACCAAAGUUUCCUGUGCGAUUGAGAUCAUGUUAAGUGAGAUUGCAUAUCGAAGUGGUACAAGAUUUUUACAUCACUUGUUGUUUGUAUUCAGUAAUUUCACAAUUUUAGUUGUUUCUAACUGCCUGUAAGUUGGAAUCUGUUGCCCACAAUUUUGGUUCUGACAAUUCUGACCGAAAACGGUAUUUUUAUAUUCCUGACUAUCUGAAAUUUGCCUGCCAUCCAGUUUUAUCACAAAAUAGAAAGUCAAUGUAGAAUGGAUAUUUUCUUUCAGAAGUAGUUUCACAUUGUACAAAAGCCCGAUUUUUGCAAAAAUGUUUCACCUUAUGCAUUGGGACUUGAUUUUGUUUUCCAUAGAUUUAAUUGUAAUAUAAUUACAAUGAUUACAUAAUUAUAUUGUAAUUAUAUGCAUUAGUGCUGAAACUAAAGAGAUAUAUUUGGAAAGUUUUUUUGAAGCACUUUUAUUUUAAAUUACAGAUUUGGUGUUGAAAAAAGUAGUUGAUGUUUGUUUACUUAUCCUAAUGACUUAGUGUCCUAUUCUGUUAAAAAGGCUUUCUUAUCUAAUUCAAUUUUAAUAUUCAAUAGUAUAAUUAUUUUAACUAUAACACUGCAUGUGUUUGAAAUCCUAAACGUCUUAAAUAAAGUUCUUACUACUCGUUUCCCUUAUAAUGUAACUUCUAAGUUGUACUAAUAAAACUAUGGGUUUGAUUACAAUUUGUUCA